AUGUCAGCCUCAACAGAUUCAUCUCUUACAGCACAAGAAGAUCAGCCUCAACAAAUUCAACUACUAGCAUCAACUGAUGAUGAUUAUGAUGGCGUUAUCGUCGAAAUCAACGACCUUGUUAUGGAUUCUACUACCUUUUUAUCCAUUCUUAGACCUUCAAUUUCAAGCUGGAAACAACAGGGAAAGAAGGGCGUUUGGAUAAAAUUACCUAUUCAUCUGGCCAACCUUGUUGAAACUUUAAUUAAGGAAGGUUUUUGGUAUCACCAUGCAGAACCAAAAUAUUUGAUGCUCGUACAUUGGAUUGCAGACAGUGCAAACACAAUUCCGGCGAAUGCCACACACCGAGUUGGUGUUGGAGCGCUCGUGGUGAAUGAAAAACGAGAGGUUCUAGUGAUUCAAGAAAAAACUGGACAUUUUAAGGGAACUGGAUCCUGGAAAUUCCCUACUGGAGUUGCUGAUCAGGGCGAAGAAAUUUGGGAAACAGCAGUUAGAGAGGUCAAAGAAGAAGCGGGAGUGAGUAAUCUCUUUGUGGUAGACUCAGAAUUUGUUGAAGUAUUAGCGUUCAGACAAAGUCAUGCGUCAUUCUUUGAGAAGUCAGAUCUAUUCUUUGUAUGCUUGUUGCGCCCUCUUUCUUCCGACAUCAAAAUCCAGGAAGUAGAAAUAGAGGCUGGAAAGUGGAUGCCAUUUGAUGAAUAUGCAGCUCAACCAUUUAUGGAAAAGUAUGAGCUUUUGAGGCAGAUUAAUGACAUAUACUUAGCAAAGAUUAAUGGACAUUAUUCUGGAUUUACUCCUGUAUCUACAAAAUCAAACUACUCUAACCAGAAAAAUAGCUAUCUUUACUUGAAUGCUGGAGCCUUGAAGAGAUCUAAUUCUUUAUAA